AUGGCCAGCGCCCAAUCUGCCUCAUCAGACACCCCUACGGCACCACCCUUGAGCGUUGCCAGUACGCUAGAAACGUCGAUAAUUUCGUCAUCUCCCAGUUCUAUGGACAUGCCUACCUAUGUGGCAAGCCCAAUGUCAUCACCUACAGCACCUGACACAUCCCCGGACACAUUCAUGUCGUCUACGUCUUUGGAAUUACCGUCGCUUACGACUUCCCUCACCGAAGGGACUAUAAGCGUCGGUUCUACUACAGACUCAGGAUCUGGGACGACGUCAGUCCUGCCGUCCUCCCUAGUGUCAUCGCCAACCUUGGUUGACUCGUCCGCUACCCUUCUGGCGUCAACCGGGGGUAUUCUGAGUAGCCUCAGUUCCAUGAUACUUGGAACGAGCUCCUCAUCAUCUAUGGAAACAUCUACUGGAUCCGCAACAAGUGUAUCUAAUACACUAGAGUAUUCAUCACCGGCUCCGAACUCGAAUGAAACCUCAUCCGCACCCAACUCCACAAUCGUUUCCAGCGGCACUGAUGGAUCUAUAAUGGCCAGUGCUAGCAUCACCGAGCUGACAACCUCUACGAUCUAUUCAACAAACAUAUAUACCAUCACUUCGUGCCCUCCUGAGGUUAAGGACUGCCCUGAAAAGAAAGGAAGCGUGACAACGGAGUUGAUAUCCAUUGGUACAACGGUGUGCCCUGUCACGGCUGUAGGAUCAGAAAGUGCUGCUGCGUCUACAUCUGCAGUAUCUGAAGGUUCGGCCACCGCCGCCAGCUCUUCACCAGAACCUACCAGUGGCACUUCGGGCAUUAUUUCGAGCAACAUCUCGAGUGCCGUAUCCAGUAGCGCCCCCGAAAACACUGGGCCAAGUAUCGGAUCACUUACCGAACUGACAACAUCCACGAUCUUUUCGACUAAUAUCUAUACCAUUACGUCAUGCCCUCCCGAGGUCAAGGAUUGUCCCGCAAAGAAAGGCAGCGUCACUACGGAGUUAGUUUCUAUAGGAACCACAGUCUGUCCUGUGACAGCCGUCCAGUCGGCAUCCGCAACUUUACUAACAUCUUUGUCCCCGGAAGAUUCAAGUACUCUUUCCAGCUUUGCUUCGGAAUUCUCAUCUGCCAUCGAAUCGGCCAACUCUGGUAUCAGCAGUGCCGUGUCUUCAUUCACGUCCUCUGUUUCGUCUGCUGUACCAAGUCUGUCAUCCCUAACAAAUGCAAGUCUCACUGCGGAUACGCCGUCGAGCGCUCCGCCAAGUGUAGAUUCUUUGACAAUGCCAACGACAUAUAGCAUUAGUAGCGAAAUCACGACGUCAACGAUCUCAACCGUCUUUUCCACCAGCAUUUAUACGAUCACAUCUUGUGCGCCCACGGUUAAAGAUUGUCCUGGGAAGAAGGGCAGUGUCACAACUGAGCUUGUUUCGUUGUACACAACUAUAUGCCCCAUCACCGCCACAGUUUUGGAUGGAAUUACGUACAGUCCGACCCAAGUUAUCGCGGCCCAGUCUCUGCCUGCUGCUGAGACUACUUCUCCUGGCAGCACUGCGGCGGCAAAUGCCUCAAGCAGUGCGCCAGAGAGUAUUCUGUCGUCUGACACUCCAAGCUCAUUCUCAUUGACGUUAUCCAACCAGACUGUAUCUAUUGUUUCUUCGACAAAUUCAUCGUCUCCACUUGCUGCUCCAACGACGCCAAUAGAGAUGACAACUUCCACAAUCUACUCGACAAACACUUAUACAGUCACUUCUUGCCCACCGGACGUCAAAGACUGCCCUGGCAAAGGACAAGUGACCACUGAGAUCGUUGCUGUGUCAACUACUGUCUGUCCUGUGUCAGAUAAGGCGACAGCCACGACAGAGGUCGCUGGCACUCCUUCAGUAUCACCCGUCAGCUCAGACUCCACACCGAUUACCGCAAGCGCGCUUCCAAGCAAUGCAACUUCAUCGAGCCAGGAGUUUACUACGUCGACCGUAUUCACAAGCAAUGUUUACACGAUUAGCUCGUGCGCCGCUGACGCCCCUGACUGCUCGUCUCAGCUUGGAAGUGUGACUACGGAGAUGGUGCCACUGUAUACCACCAUCUGCCCUGUCACAGCGGUGGCUGAGGUAGAGAAAACUAGCGCCAUGCCAGAGUCUUCUGGUUCGCUCAUCCCAAGUACCCCUUUCGCAGCUGAAACGAGUGUGCCUCUGGCCGCUGAAGGUGCACCUUCAUCCACCAUGCCUGUGUCAUCUAAUAGCGUUGAGGCGAUGCCCAGCGACGCACCGAGCCAGCCGCUGCCGUCCAGCUUGCUUUUGUCAUCUGUCAGUAACAGCGCCGAGCUGAUGUCCAGUGAUGCGCCAAGUCAGCCCCUUUCAUACACGACAUCGACGGUCUACUCGACAAACGUCUAUACUGUCACCUCUUGUGCGCCCGAAGUUACCGACUGUCCAGCCCGAGAAAGCCCUGUAGUGACGACAGAAAUUGUUGCGGUUUCGACUACGGUGUGCCCUGUGACUGAAACCCCAGCGGGUAGUGGCAUUGCAGCAUCGUCGCCCGAGUCAUCUCCUGCAGCUGUCAUUGCAGCCGGAUCAGGUAACUUGGACACUCAGGCAAGCCCUACAGAUGCAGUCCCAACACUUGAUGCUCCAACGGCGGCCACUGUUGAGCCUGGACCCGCGAGUUCGCCUGCGUCGGCGCCAGUUGCUCCACCUCAAUCUGAUGUGCCUAGCUAUAGUUUUGAUUCAGCAGCGUCAAGCACAGCGCCCAUGGCUGCUCAGCCCACCUCACUCGUCCAAGCGAGCUCGUCACCAAGCCCGGUGAUCCCAGCUGCGCCACCGCCUACAGCAGAAGCUGGUGCGGCGACCCAUAUGACCAGCACAAUUACGAAUAUGCAAACCGUCUACAUGACCGGCGCCCAGGCCUCGGCAGCUAACCUGCCGUUCUGCGAGCCAAUAACCAGCUAUAUCACGGUGACUCCAGACCCAGUCACCGUGACGGUUGAGCCACCUUUCCCAUCAUACGGGACUGGCUCGAGCUACGGGACUGGCUUUAUUGGCGGUACCGGCCAGCUGAGCAUGGAUAUGCCAACAACGAGCACGGACUCGGCGCCGAUGCCAGAGACGACCGACACGUUUUCAACAUCUGCAUCGAUGUCCAUGGCAAUGCCGUAUCGAAGGUGGUUCAGGCGGACACCUGAGCAUGCACACGCUCACGUCCAUGGCGGGCAUAGGAGGCAUGUCCAUGGCUGA